AUGGUUUUAUCUGUAGUACUGAAAUUCAUGUACCCGCCGCCGUCGAAUCCAUUUGUGAUAGCGAUCUCUACGAUAAGUAUACUUUUGACGGUGAAUGCAGGAAUCAUGGAAUUCAAAGGGAAGAACGCGCAGUAUUCGAAAUUAUGGAAUUUUGGCGUUGAUCAGAAAAUUCCUGCUGAUAAAAAGGCCAAAAUCUCCAGUAAAAUUGGCAUGAUUUUAGGGUAUGCUCCUGCAUUAUUUGUCGGAGUUGGCUCUUUUUUCCUCGCACCGGUUGGGGAUUUUAGGUUUGAUUUGCUACGUUCGGCCAUCACUAUUCAUUUCUUCAAGAGGAUCUUCGAGGUGCUGUUUGUUCACAAAUAUAGUGGAUUCAUGGACACUGAAACUGCAAUUUUAACCUCUAUCGUCUACGUCGUCUACACAGCCACCACAAUUUACUCUCAUUAUCUAACCCUAAGAUUUCCAGAACCCCAAACUGACCUCAAGUAUGUUGGAGCCAUAUUGUUCUUAGUGGGAAUUAGUGGCAAUUUCUACCACCAUUACCUCCUCUCCAAAUUGAGAACAAAGGGUGAAAAAAAUUACAAAAUACCCCAAGGUGGCCUCUUUAGUUUGAUGUUGUACGACACGAGUGGGGUGAAAGUGGUGAAUCCUGACGUUUCACCGAAAAAAUCUGGGCACGAGAUAUCAUCUGUCCAAAUUCCCAACAAUACUUUUGCCACCCAACCCGAUGGCAGCGACCGCAUCAAGCUCAACGUCGGAGGCAAGCUUUUCGAGACCACCGUCUCCACCGUCCGGUCAGGCGGCCCGAACUCCCUAUUAUCUGUUCUUUCCAACCGAUCGAAUCAGGACCCGGUGUUCGAACUGCUACGGGCAUCUGCUUUCUCCGACGGUUGUGCUCCGCCGUAG